GUUUAUAGUGAACACGGCAGACUGCAGACUGAUCGAAGGAGACCGUGUAUGAACCUGUACAUUAAUCUGUCUAACUACGCUACCUGUUCAGCUAGCUGUCGACGGAGGGCAUUGGAUAACCAACGGAAUUGACCAAACCCGGAGCAAUAAGGUCAAAUACUCCAUUUUCCGUUGAUAUGACGGUGAAUUACAGCUACCACAACAACGCGGUGUGUGUGUGCAUGAUGAGCCGCUGAGGAGGAGGAGGAGGAGGAGAAGAAGGAGGCUGCGGUCUUAAACCAGAUUUUAUCCUGGAUAUUUCGAAACCAACGUCGUGUCGUUCACACACGGGGGCUGUGUAUCGAUUUAGUAAAUUAUUGUAUGCCCUAGACCGCCUCUUUCCAUCCCAAUUUUAAGGGGGUUUGGUCCGUUUUCUGCCUCCCGAGGAUCCUCGAGCAGCGCGACGUUGAACGUUUUUCCUCCAGAUAUGGAGCGUGAAGAUGCGGAUUACAGAGGAAUCCCCACCGCUAGUUUAGCCGCAUUGGUUUCAUUGUACACAUCAACGCGGUGUUGUUUUUGGCAGGAAUAAACAGAACUAUGAAUACAUAUUUUCUGGCGAGAGGAAUAAAUCGGUGAUUUUUGGAGCACGACUGGACUCCCGUUAGGAAACGUGAGAAAGCUAUCCUGCUAGCCUGUAUGUAGUAGCUAUUAGCUCCAUUAGCCGGCUAACAGCUAAAAGGUGCUGGCUGGAUAUUAAAAAAGCUUUUUAACAAUUCUGGCCAGGUUUUGCCCACGUUUCCUCCCCGAAACAUAUUUAUUUACAGCAGUUGGGAGGAUUUACUCAUCCAGGAAUGAGGUCUCGAAUGGAAAGGAGCCGCUUGACCUUGUUUUGGGGUCUGAUGCUGGGUCUGUCGUCCUGCCUCCGGCCCGUCACCGCAGAGAUCUGUGGUCCCAGCAUCGACAUUGGCAACGACAUCAGUGAAUUCAGGCGUCUAGAGAACUGCACAGUGGUGGAGGGCUACUUGCAGAUCCUCCUCAUCGGUGACAAAAACAACAACAACAUCAACCAGGAAGUCUUCCGCUCCCUCAGCUUCCCCAAGCUGACCACGAUCACAGACUACCUGCUGCUAUUCCGGGUAUCCGGCCUGGACAGUCUGAGCACGCUCUUUCCCAACCUCACCGUUAUACGCGGACGAAACCUCUUUUACAACUAUGCCCUUGUGAUCUUCGAGAUGACCAGCCUGAAGGACAUUGGCCUGUACAACCUGAGGAACAUCACCCGCGGCGCUAUCCGCAUUGAGAAGAACCCCGAGCUCUGCUACUUGGACUCCAUAGACUGGUCCCUCAUCCUGGACGCAGAGUUCAACAAUUAUAUCGCUGGGAACAAGCAGUCCAAGGAGUGCAGUGAUGUGUGUCCAGGCAUCAUGGAGAACAACCCUCAGUGCAGAAAGACCAUGUUCAACAACAACUACAACUACCGCUGCUGGAAUUCCAAUCACUGCCAGAAAGAGUGCCCAGAGAAGUGUGUACAGCGAGCGUGCACAGCGGACGGCGAGUGCUGCCACCCUCAGUGUCUGGGCAGCUGCACAGUCCCUGGUAGUGACACAGCAUGUGCGGCAUGUGUGCAUUACUACCACCAAGGACGCUGCGUGGCUGACUGCCCUCCCGGCACCUACAAGUUCGAGGGCUGGCGCUGCAUCAGUGCCGAGCUUUGCUCCAAAGUCCACCUCCCCGACUUCGACAGCUUCAUCAUCCACGGUGGAGAGUGCAUGUCUGAAUGCCCACCUGGGUAUAUGCGCACCGCUCCCAACAGUAUGUUCUGUACAGCCUGUGAUGGUCUGUGUGAUAAAGUAUGUGAGGAGAAGGUCAUCGACUCCAUGGAUGCCGCUCAGUCUCUCAAAGGCUGCACUGUUAUCAAAGGCAACCUGCAUAUCAACAUCCGCAGAGGCCACAACAUGGUGGCAGAGCUGGAGAGUUUCACAGGUUUGAUCCAGAGGGUGACCGGUUAUGUGCGGAUCAGACAUUCACACACUCUGAGCUCCCUGGCCUUCCUCCGCAGCCUCAGAUACAUCGACGGAGAAGACCUUCUGGACGACAUGUAUGCCUUCUCGGCAUUUGACAACCAGCAGCUCCAGUAUCUUUGGGACUGGAAGCAGCACAACCUCACUAUCAAAGCAGGAAAGCUGUUCUUCAGAGCCAACCCAAAGCUCUGCACAUCCGAGAUCCGCAAGAUGUGGGAAAAGACGGGCAUCCUGGGCCGCUUUGAUGAGAGCGAUUUCCGAAACAACGGCGACAGAGCCAGCUGUGAAAGUACUAUCCUGAAGUUUAAGUCCAACAGCACCAGCAGUACAAGGAUCAAACUGACUUGGCAACGCUACCGCCCCCCGGACUACAGAGACCUCAUCAGCUUUAUUGUCUACUACAAGGAGGCGCCAUACCAGAACAUCACAGAAUUUGAGGGGCAGGAUGGCUGUGGCUCCAACAGCUGGAAUAUGGUGGAUGUGGAGCUCAGGCCGGACAAGGACUCGGACCCCGGGGUUCUGCUGUCCAGCCUGAAGCCCUGGACGCAGUACGCUGUAUUCGUUAAGGCCAUCACACUCAUGGUGGAGGACAAACAUAUGCCGAGUGCCAAGAGCAUGGUGGUCUACAUCCGCACCAGCCCUUCAGCGCCCUCCAUGCCUCAGGAUGUGCGAGCAUACUCUAACUCAUCUACACAGUUGGUGGUACGUUGGUCACCCCCUGUCUCACCAAAUGGAAACCAAACCUACUACCUGGUCAGAUGGCAGCAACAAGCCGAAGACCGAGAGCUGUAUCAGCACAACUACUGCUCUAAAGAGCUGAAGAUCCCCAUAAGGAUCGCUGCCACUGGUGUGGGAGACCAGGAAGAGGACACCAAGCCCACUAAGCCAGAUCCGGAUGGGGCAGACAAAGGCCCCUGUUGCCCCUGCCCCAAAUCAGUUGAGGACCUGGAGGCCGAAGCUGCUGACGCCUCCUACCGAAAAGUCUUUGAAAACUUCCUGCACAACUCCAUUUUUACACCAAGGCCACCAGAUCGUCGCCGUAGAGAUCUCUUUGGUGUAGCCAACUCCACUCACUCCCGCCGCAACCGGCUGCACACCAACAGCACAGUUCCUCCUCUCCAAGCCGCUGGUAACAGCAGCACCGCGGACGUGGAGCCGGCGGACAGAGAGUUUGAGUUUGUGGAGCAAUCGGUGACGGAGCGUGAGCUGCAGAUCUCUGGCCUGCAGCCGUUCACAGUUUACCGCAUCGACAUUCAUGCCUGCAAUCGACAGGUCCAGCGUUGCAGCGCCGCAGAGUUUGUCUUCUCCAGAACCAAGCCUGCAGAAAAGGCUGACGACAUACCCGGCCCAGUGACCUGGGAGGGCCACGAGGACUGGGUGUUUCUGCGCUGGCCAGAGCCACCUCACCCCAACGGACUCAUCCUUAUGUAUGAGAUCAAGUUUAAACUGGCUACUGAGGCCGAGAAGCACGAAUGUGUCUCUGGUCAGAUGUAUCAGGCCCAGCGUGGCGUUCGGCUGUCCAACCUCAGUCCAGGAAACUACUCAGUCAGAGUGAGAGCCACAUCACUGGCUGGCAACGGCUCCUGGACGCACACUCUGGAUCUCUACGUGGCUGAACGUUAUGAAAACGUCCUCUACGCUGUGAUCUUUGUUCCUAUCGCCAUCAUUCUCUUCAUCUGCCUUUUGGCCGCAAUGCUGGUGGUCCUCAACAGGAAAAGGAACAGUGACCGGCUUGGAAAUGGAGUCCUAUACGCCUCAGUCAACCCAGAGUACUUCAGCGCUGCAGAAAUGUAUGUACCAGAUGAGUGGGAGGUGGCACGGGAGAAGAUCACCCUGAGUCGUGAGCUCGGCCAGGGGUCCUUUGGCAUGGUGUACGAGGGCUUGGCAAAGGGCGUGGUCAAAGAUGAACCAGAGACCCGUGUCGCCAUUAAGACUGUCAACGAGUCGGCCAGCAUGAGGGAGAGAAUAGAGUUUCUCAAUGAAGCCUCUGUCAUGAAGGAGUUCAACUGUCACCACGUGGUCCGUCUCCUGGGCGUGGUUUCUCAGGGCCAGCCCACCCUGGUCAUCAUGGAGCUGAUGACACGAGGAGACCUGAAGAGUUACUUGCGCUCCCUCCGACCUAAAGAGCAACAGUGGUCGAGCCUGUCUCUCCCUCCUUUGAAGAAGAUGCUUCAGAUGGCCGGGCAGAUCGCUGACGGCAUGGCAUACCUCAAUGCCAACAAGUUUGUCCACAGAGAUCUGGCAGCCAGGAACUGCAUGGUGGCCGAGGACUUCAUUGUUAAGAUAGGAGAUUUUGGCAUGACCAGAGACAUCUAUGAGACGGACUACUACCGCAAAGGUGGUAAGGGUUUGCUCCCUGUCCGCUGGAUGUCACCAGAGUCUCUGAAGGACGGAGUCUUCACCACCAACUCUGAUGUCUGGUCGUUCGGGGUUGUAUUGUGGGAGAUUGCCACUCUGGCAGAACAGCCCUACCAAGGUCUGUCCAAUGAGCAGGUGCUCCGCUUUGUCAUGGAGGGAGGGCUGCUGGAGAAACCACAGAACUGUCCUGACAUGCUGUUCGAGCUGAUGCGAAUGUGCUGGCAGUAUAAUCCUAAGAUGCGUCCAGCCUUUGUGGAGAUCAUCAGCAGCAUAAAGGAUGAGCUGGACCCGUCUUUCAGAGAGGCUAGUUUCUUCUACAGCGCCGAUAACAAGCCAGCUGACUCUCCGCAGCUCCACCUGGAAAAGAUGGAUAACAUGGAUGACGUUCCUCUGGACCCCCCUUCUUCCACACAGCCACAGCAAACCCCAGUCCCCCAACAGACCCCACCCUCCCCGAGCUCAGAGGCUCCACCCGCCCCCUCAUUAGCCCCCAGCUCCCCCUCCUCUCCCUGUACGUCGACCGCUGCCAUGGACAAGCAGGCCUCUGGCCAGCAGGCAGCCAAUGGGCUGUCGGGGACGGGCCUUGCAGCAGGGUCAGGGCUCGGGACAGGCUCAGGUGUCACGAUGCAGCCGUCUCUGGACGAACUGCCGCCAUACACGCACAUGAACGGAGGACGCAAAAAUGAACGCACCAUGCCUCUCCCGCAGUCCUCUGCCUGCUGAUUGGACAGAGACACCCACCAGACUGCAAACCCUGCCACCUGCUGCUCUGCAGAACCUGAUGUCUGAAGUUUUGUUUUUGUUUUUUGUUUUUUUUAAAUCAUAUACAACAAAUCCAUGUCCGCCAGCUGGGUGUGGCUACUCAGAGACUCACAAGAAGGUGGAGAGAACUGUCACAAAGUCCAUGUUCUGCUGUACCCCCACACACUUUUUUCAUAUUAUUCUAGUUUUGGUUUCUACCAGCUGGCUGUCAGACGUUGCUGCUGAGUGGGAAGACCAAAAAAACAGUAAAAGGAAGAAAAAGAUAAAAAUCAUUUGGGGAGUUCUCUCUCUCUUUAUGGCUGAACUUAUUUUAUAAAUUGUUGUUUGUUACUUUUUUAUAUGAAUUUCCAAAUGGGAAAACAAAAUGUGUAGGCCUUUAUAAAUGUCCGGCGUUUUGGUCGCUUUUGGGUGGGCAUUAUGGUGAAACUGUUAAGCAUAUCUAAUGAAAAAGCACUUCAGAGAGGUCAGGGUCUCCGUCGGCCGUUGAGUAGUCUUGUUGCUCUGCAGGCUGGGUGUCAGCGUAAUGCUGGGUCAACAGCCAGAGGGAGAAAGGUCAAAUCUGCCAAAUUUGUUGCCAAAAUUGUACUUUUUGUCAAAUUCUCUCUUCUGCAGUCUUGCCCUGUAGUUCUCAAAGACGCCGGAUUGGAAAUGGAAGCAAAAAAAGCACUUUGAUCUGCUACCACACACACUUAAAAUCUGUGAUCAAAGACAAUUUACCUUCCCUCUACAGUCCUACACUACUCCUCUGUUGCUGUUUGAUAUCUACAGCUACUGUACUCAGUACUGUACUACUAUCAAAUUGACGUUGUGGACCUUGGUUACAUCAGUUUAUCAGAAAUUGAGCCACAUCCUCUCACAAAGUGCUGUUCUGUUACGGUUUAAACGCCAAAUCCAGUCAGUAAAGAAGCAAAAAAAAAAUCCUUGAGGAGGGAAGAGUAUAAAGAGGAAAAUAAAUAUGAACACUAUAACGUCUCUCAAUCGGGGUUUGCUUUGUGUUCAGAGCAAUUUCCUUGUUGUAUACAAACAGGUAUUUUUUUAGACUUGUCAUUAGACUCCAACAUUUACAACAUCUCUACGUGGGCAGAGCAUUUAUGUACGCACCAGUUGUUUGUGUCACUUUUCUAACUUUUAUACGGUUGGAGACAUUCAUCAUGUACAGAAAGAAGCUGCUAUUCCUUAUUUCUCUUGUGGUUGUAAUAUAGUUAAUAUCUAUAUAUAAAAAGAGAAAAAACUCCUUCAGGUUGGAUCUACGAACGUUUCCACUACAGUCCAUUUUUUUAAUGCUUGUAAUUGUGUAAAGUGUAUCUGAGCUGGUUUCGUUUCUGUGUUCGCGUAAAGGUACGACAGUUUGCCUUGUGUCUUGAAACACCGGUAACUUCCCCUCCCAUCUGACUAGAGGACAGUGAUGAUACCAGUGACCAUCGAUGUUCUCUCAGGACGCCUCGACCUCUGUCCCCUCGGGUAUACACUCAUACUCAGAGGUCAGAGGCCAGGCAUCACUGCUGAGUAACAACUAAAUCUCAGGUCAAAGAGAAAAGAUAAAUCCUUUUCUACUUUCCUUUUCUUUAUUUUUCUUUUUUUUCUUUUUUUUUACCUUUUUUGUGCUGUCAUACCUUGAGACAUCCAGCCUGUGUGUGUGUGUGUGUGUGUGUGUGUGUGUGUGUGUGUGUGUGUGUGUUAACCUUUGUCUGAUUUGAUGUCCCUCUGACACUGUUACUUCAUUUUCUUUGAUCAUUAGACAAGAGCAGUGUUUCUAACAACAGUCUGAAACCAGAAGGGGGGUUUCCAAUUUUGAAUGGGUCCUUGCACUUAUUGUAUUGAGCCCCAACACUGACAAAAUGUAAUAAAAGGUUAUCAGACAAGUCCAAAUAUAACUAAAUACAUCAAUAAAUUAGUUAGCGUAAAAGAAAUAUAAAGCUUUAUACUUCUCCUUUUACCUGCAAUCAGUUAGUGUAAAAAGAAAAAAUGCUUUUUAUUUUUUUCCUCUGAAUUUAAAUGAAUUAAAACUUUAUUUAUUUUACUCUUCUGCUUAUAUUCCACUAGCUCAUUUUAUUUUUAUUUUUCCUUUUUUGGGUCUCGGCACACAUUUGUCUGUUCCCUAUUUCCCCCAUUUGUUUGGGGCCUCUUUAGCUAGCUACCUAGCUGAAGCUAGCUUUUAUCAUAAAAGCACACCAGCAAGUGCACAUGAUGUUAAUCAUUCCUAUAUUGUACUGCACACUGCUGUAGUAUCAGUGUAUAAACUCUUGUAACAGUAGCUAAAGCAUUUUAAUCAGCAAGCAAAUGCUAACAAAGUUAGCUAGCUAAUGCUACUUAGAGCUUUUUAGUUUGUUUAUUAUGAGAAGAGAGUAAUUAAAUUACAUGCUACUGCAAAAAGUCCAAAACUUAUUUCCAUUCUAGUCCUUGAUGAAGACAAGAGAUGUGCACUUGAAGAUGAAGAUAAAAGCAUGGUGUCUGUGGACUUCCAAGUAGCGUUAAACAGCUACCUUUGUUAGCAUAGUUUUAUGACGAAAGUUAGCUGCAGCCUGGUAGCUAGCAGAAAAGGCUUGUUUUUCAUGUCUUUAGCUAUCAGUUUUUCCGGUAAGUGAGCUAGCCAGACAGUCUCAGUUGCCCCAUUGAUGUUACACACACAUACAAACCUUGGACCAAUGGUUUGCCUAAUUACACAUGGAUAUGGCAAUAUCGUUAUCAUACAAGCAUUAGGAAAAUAGGAAGGAAAAUGGGAAAUUAGUGGGCAAAGUAGAGAGCAGAUAAAUUAUUAAAAAUGUGCCAAGAGCACAAGGAAAGGAGGAUUUGAAAAAUAAAAUUAGCUAGUGAAAGAAUAGAGGAGUAAAAUAAAUUAAGUUUUAGGAAGGAUAUGUAUAAAGCCUUAUUUCUUUUAACUCUCCAUUACUUAUUGAUGAUUUCAGUUCUAUUUUUGACUUGUCUGAUAACUUAUUACAUUUAGUCAGUUUCCCACAUGUUUGUGCUGUGUAAUAACACUGGGUUCAAGGUAUAAAGUAAAUGCAAAAUGGAAUUUAUUUAAUGUAGCAGUGAGCCUUAACUUAUUUUUCUGAAGGCAAGUGCAGAAACCUGUCUGUAGGACAAUUUCACUUUCCGCUAAUCAACUUCUCUCUUGCAUCAAGGGUGGUUUUCUGUAUGCUGCUGGAGUAAUCCACAUUAUUUAUCUUUUUUCGACAUAUUAACAUGUUUUUAGAAGAUUGCUGAAGUUAAAUUGGAUUGAGAAAUAAGUGGAAUUAUUUUACAGCACUGAGAGAUUUGUUGAAUGCUUUUAGGAAAAAUAAGAUUUCAAAACUGAGGAUGACACUAAAAAGGAGUCAUAACAAGGACAAAUGCUCAUAAGGCUCUUCUCUUCUCCUGAAUGUGAUCUUUUAUUAAAAUACUAACUCUAAAUUCAGAAAGACACCGUUGAUCAGAGAACUAGCUGUAACCGGAGGUCCCUGCGCGGAACAUAUGAGCAUUAUUGGGGUUUAUGAAAGAACACUAAAAUAUGAAGACAAGUACGAUCAGAGAGGACCACAUGGAAUAGAUAUUAAAGGCUCAUUCACGUCAAAACGUUUGAAAUCCCAGCCCAGAUGUUCCUUGGUUAUUUAUGUUACUUUUGUGUAAAUCACUGUACAAAUUCCCCACAAGUUUCUUUCUUUUUUUUCUUUUUUUUUUCCUCUGAUAUUUUGAUGUUCUUUUGCUCUUUUGGGGGAAGGUUGUUGUUUUUUUUUUAAUUCCUUCAACCAUCCAUCUACCUCACUUCUUUUUUCCAAUCAAUUUACAUGUACAGAAAAACAAAACAUCUCAUCUCUGUUGUCCGGCUGUAAUGACGAUCUUACUGAGUGCUGUUAAUAUGGUCAAAUUCAAACCACAAACCAAACCAUCCUGGAGGGGGGGCACAGAAACAAGAUGGCCAAUAGGGAAAACCAGGUCAAUGCUGGUAAAUAUUUCUCUCUGCUCUGCAGAUAAUCAACAAGUCAGUCAAACUCCUUGUAGAUUAUAACAGCAGCUGGUGAAAUUUGGGACAAAUUGGUCAUAUAAAGAAAACUAAUAAGUCUUAGUAACUGUGAUGAUGACUUUUUUUUUUUUUGCUUGGAGUCUGGAAGACUUGAAGGCUGGAUUAUUUCUCAGAUGCUCUGCUGUGAGAGGAGCUGUUAGUAACGUGGAAGAAGGAAUGAAGUGCAGCCCUGCUGUGAGAGGCUGUGGUGUGUUCCUCCCCUGUUGUUAAAACCUCCUGACCUCUUCUCCACACUCCCCUCUCCCCCGCCUCCUCCUACUGUCCCUGUGUACUGCUCUGUUUUCAAACCCACAGCCUGAAGUCCAGCCCCAGUUUGUGCCUCUAAUGUAUCGCCAUUACAUUCGAGUCACAUCGAUAUCCAUUUUUAUUUUGUUUUUGUUUUUUCAAAACUUAGUAAUAUUUGAAAAACCCAAAUGGUCAUUUAACAACACUUGCUGCUGUUCUGAAGGUAUUUCCAGAAUCCUCAAAGACUCUUCUAACCACUUGGAUGGAAAACAAAAAGCAGCAAAUUUUUUUUAGCCUGUUUUCCAAGUUGGGACUAUAUUGUCCUGUCCAGGUAGAUGGGAAUGACAAAUCUCCUUGCUUUGUUUGUACUACAGAAAAAUAAAUGUAUUAUUCUGUAUGAAAAUAUAAAAUAAUAAAAUGUUACAUAAAUAUAGGCUAUAACUGAUCAUAAAACCUUUUGUAAUUUUUGGUUAACAUUGUACAGAAAUUGCAUAUAGAGACUUAUGGCAUUUCUGGCUGCCAUCUUUGUUUGGAUUAGGAAUAAGAGUGACAACUUGAGAAACAGGUUAAAAAUCUCUUUGGAGAAUCUUUUUGUGCUGCAGACAGAAUCUUUUUUUCAUCCAGAUGGUUAGAAAAGUCUUUGAGGGAUUCUGGAAAUACCUUCAGAACAGCAGUAAGUGUUAUUAAACAAUCUUUAAAAAUCGGAUGCUUAGCUGUGUGGCUUGAAUGUAAUGGUAAUACAUGAGAGGCGCAAACUGGGGCUAACAGAAGGUGUCGGGUGGGAAAGAAAAUACGGUCUUUUAAAAUCCAUGUAUGACUUGUUACAUUGUGGUUUUCUAUCAUUCGAAGAACCAUGCUUCUUUAAGCAGGAAGUGAGUUACUAACUGAAAAAUGUUAGACAUUGAGUCUUUAUUUCUGGUUUAGGUAUGUGUCUGAAAAAAUCUGCACUUGUUGCUAACACAUCUGGUAACCGAGGAGCUAGUUAAUGAUGUUUUGUAUAUUACUUCCUCUUCAUGCGUUGGUUGACAGAAUACUCUUCAGGUUCUUUACUGCCAUUACGGGACUUUGGCAUUGUUCCUUGUGUCUAGACUUGUUGCCAUGGUGAUCAGAAUCCCAGUAAAAAGCAUCCUUACUCUUCUCAUUUUUCGUGCGUCGUCUUCCUCUCCUAACAAGGCAGGUUUGUAGUUUCAGGCUGGGAGUAUCUGUGAUUUGGGUUGUGGUUAAGAGUCCGGCCACAUCAGUGUGGCGGUCUUGUGCCAGUUUUGUACUGAUGAUGAGAUCAGGAUGGGUAUUCCAGUGUUUGUGGUCUGAUUUUUGCCUCACUUUUACCGCUGGAACCUCACAGAGCGGACAUAAAAUCGAACAAAUUUCUCUUUUUUCCCCUUACCUUUUUUGUUACAUGGCCAAUUUGUUACCAAGAUUCUGAUGUGUGUAAAUUAUUCAUAGCCUUCCAACUCUUGCGUUUCUAUUAAAAUGAUCUGUUAGACUGAGGUUUCAUUUUGGUUUUCUUUUGUACAUGCUGUUGUAAGAAUUUUUCCUGUUAUCAAUAUAUUCUGAGUACUGGGGAAAAUGAUUGGCUGAAGGAAAAGAGAAUGUCUGUUUCUCUGAUUCUUUUUUUUUUCUACACAAGAUUUAAGAUGAAUAAAAAUGUAUGCAAACUGUU